AUGUCUUCUUUUUCUCGAAGAGACAAAAAUAUAGGAAGUUAUUAUCUUCCACCAUUUUGCUCAAAAAUUUCUUCAACUACUUAUGAGUUAUUUAAUUUUUUUAAUCGAAUAUUUAAAAAAUAUUCCGAUGAUCGCUCUGUAAACAAUGAAACUCCAUACAGUAACAAAAAGGUACUUGUUGAUAACUGGGAAGAAGAAUUGAGCGAUGUCAGAAAUCGCGAAUAUUGGAAAAAAAGAAUAAGUAAUUACGAACAUUGUUACUUAACUACUUACGGUUGUAGUUAUAACCGGUAUGGAAUUAUUAUCCCUCCUAAAUUUAAUGAUAAAGAACCCCGCUGCUUACCGUGUCACCAACCUGAGCUGGAUCCUGAUUACAUGAAAUCCCCCAAAUUUUAUCAAAGUAUAACUCAAACAUCGUAUAGCGAUCCUCAUCCGAAAAAAAUCCAAAAGAAUCUUAUUCCAGAAAUCCAAAAAACUAAAGAAGCAGCAACUCAGACUUAUCCUCAAGAAGAAAGCAUUCAAGAAUUUCAUAAUUUUUAAUUAUUAUUUUAAUAUUAAAAGAUCGCGCAAUCAUUUUGUUACGUUAUUAAAUAAUGCCAGAUGUUUUGAGUUACCAUAAAAA